AUGACUGCCAAGGUCGUUACACUCGCAAUUCUCUUCUGCACACUGCUGCACCUAGCUGAAGGAGUCUGCAAGACUGGAGCCCUCACAUCAGAAGAGGAGGCCGUUUUGGCGGCACACAACGCACAGCGAGCACUGCAUGAUAACACUGAACCACUCUGUUACGGUGAAUCAGGAGAUGAUGUUACCUUCAUCGCUCAAAGUUGGACCGAUCAGAUUGCUGAAGAGAAAACAAUGAAGCACAGCAGUGGAGGAGGCUACGGGGAGAACAUCGCCAUGGCGGGAACCACCGGCAUAGUGAUGGCCAAAUCACCGGCUUACGUUAAAUCUACUGACAUGUGGUACUCGGAAAUCCAAUACUGGGACUACACCACCAACUCGAAAUCCCUCUCUGCUCCGGAAAAUGAAGCAACCGGCCACUUCACCCAAGUGGUUUGGAGAAAUACUAAGCAGGUGAGGUGCGGGUACGCCACCUACCAGACUGAAAGCAAUGACUUCAUCUUCAACAACUUCUAUGUGACCUGCCAGUAUUAUCCACCCGGAAAUUAUAAUAACCUUUACGCGGAUAACGUCGGACCUCUCAAAUCUGCGGUGAAGACAACCUGUAAAAAACCUGAUGUAGAUAACGCAAUACUGGAGCCCAGCACUGCAACAAUAGAGGAUGGGGCCGCAUAUACCGUUAAAUGUACGAAUGGUGACACGGACAAGUAUUUGUUUUGCGGAUCUGACGGGAACCUGACACCUGCCGGCCCUAUCACUUGUGAAGCCGACCAGAAGAAGACCUGUGACAAACCAGCCAUAAGUAACGCAAUAGUGGAGCCAGACACCGGAUCAAUCGAGGAUGGCGCCACAUACACCGUCAAAUGUUUGAGUUUUGGGGUUGAGAAGGUCUUGACAUGCGGCUCUGACGGUUACCUCACACCUUCCAGUGUCACUUGUGAGGAAAUGAGUGGAGCAGGUAAACUGGCUCUAUCCACAUUACUCAUGGCCGCUGUUGCUGCUUUACUAUAUUAAAUUGCUAGCGUACAUUUAUAAUUGACAUUAACUACACAUAUCAUUAAAAAUUAGACUAUCAAUAUAAGAUUAGAAUUAGGAACUUGGCAGACAAAAUGAAAAUGAACAUUCUUGGCGAUCAGAACUAUGUGGUAAACAAGACAUUGAUCAUAAUUUAGACUUUUUAGAGUGUUUGAGUUAGUAUGAAAAUUUUGAGAAAAUUUGUAUUUUAGUCUCCCGUUUAACAUAAUAAUACUGAUUAUUUUGAUUUAACUGUGUUAUCACAAUGCUGGCAAGGAUUACCGUGCCUCUUAUAUUCAUUCAUACUAUUUACCCCCUUUACUAUUUACCCCCUUUACUAUGUACCCCUUUAAUUUUAUUGUUUGUCAGGCUUUAAUAGUCUAUGUAUAAUACGCUAAUAUAAGCGCCAUGAGUUGGCACAGAAUUUUUUGUCUCUGAUUUUGAUAAAUUUUGUACCAAAAGUUGCCUCUAACUGAAAAUUCACCGUGUAGCACGAUAACGUCGAGCUAUAUCACUGUGGACCUCUUGUGCAUUGCAAGAGUGUACAAAGGACGAAAAAUGGAUAAUUUAUUGCUUAAAAUGCCUAAAAUAUUGAAUAUUUUAAAAUAAUUCUUACAAGAUCGUAAUAAACUUAGUCAAAAUUAUAAUAUCUAAAGCAUCAAAAUUUCCAAAAAAAUCGAAAAUAAUUUUCCUUAAAA